AUGAACUAGCCAAUGAGAGGCGCCGUAGCGUUUUUAAAUCCACCGUAUGUUAAAUGUACAGUGAGCAGCCCGAGGACACUGAGGGCAUUUCUAAGAGACACCCCGUCGUCUUUGGAUUUUUAUUCUGCAAAUUGAAAUGGCAAAAGGGAAGAAAAAUGUGCUGAGAACCAACAAAAAGCCUGAGGACACUGUUGCACAUCUGUUCACUUCACAGACUGACACAAAAGAAAACAAGCCAGCAACUAACGAGAAAAUCAGAGGUCUGUGCAGUCCAAGCAAACCUAGAUCCCCUUUGAGUGACGGUUCAAGUAUGUUGAUCCAGGAAGGAAAUGAUUCUGAUGUAACUAAUACAAACACAUCACGGCUAAAAAAAGACGUACCCACUGAAACUAAAUCUGACAGCUGUGAAUCCAAAGAACAGCAACCUGACAUGCCUAGUCUUAGUCAAGGGAAAAGCGAGCAAACUAAUGACAAACUGGAGCAAAGUGAGUCCACCAGGCCAACAGGCAGCAAAGCUUCAGCACCUAAGUCUCGGAAUAGAACUGGUCGCAAAGCUGGAGCGAAGAAGACGGAGAACAAACCUUCCCAAAACAGAAAGGUCACAGACUAUUAUCCCAUCAGACGGAGUAAUAGAAAAACAAAAUCAGAAUUAAAGAAUGAAGAGCACAGUCACAUCGAUGACCUGAUCAAGAAUGGCACCGAGGAAGGAAUGCAGGUCAAACACAUGGAAGCAAAAGGGAGAGGAGUGUUUGCUGUGAAGAGUUUCAAGAAGGGAGACUUUGUUGUGGAGUACCACGGAGACCUGCUGGAUCUGGCCGAAGCUAAAACAAGAGAGGCCAAAUACGCUCAGAAUCCCGAAACUGGCUGUUACAUGUACUACUUCCAGUAUCAAUCUAAAACCUACUGUGUAGACGCAACACAGGAAACAAAGCGUCUUGGGAGACUGAUCAACCACAGUAAGAACGGAAACUGCCAGACCAGACUUCACCCCAUCGAUGGAACCCCUCAUCUGAUCCUGGUGGCUUCCAGAGAUAUCGAAGCAGAGGAAGAGCUGCUGUACGACUACGGCGACCGGAGCAAAGAUUCAAUCUUGGCACACCCCUGGCUCAAAUCCUGAAACCUCAACUACAAAUGUUCACAUUCAGAUGAAUUGAUGCUCCUUAUUUGAAAGAUGGCGUAUCUGAACAGUCUUCAAAAUGCCUUUUUUUUUUUUUUUUUUUAUUGAGCUUUUUUUGUUUGUUUUAAAUGCUGGCUAAAGCUAUGGAAGGUGUUUUGCAGAAAAUUAGUUUUUAUCAUGCUUUUAUAUUUUUCUUAAACAAUAGAUGGAUGUAAACUUGAAGAUGAUUUUUCAUUGUUGAAGGAGAGUUUUCAUUGUCUAUGGAGGUUUCCUCUUGUAAUGAAUUCUGGCUAUUGUAAAUUAUUACCCAUGCUGUAAAUUGAAGAAUAAAACACAGAUGUUCUUUUCAAUUCAA